GCCCAGCCGAAAAGCCACGCCGCAUCCUACAUACAGGAUCCCGCUCCCCCCUUGCAGAACCUGGAUCCGCGGAGGCGGUAUCUGUACUUUAGCCCCCAACGGAAGUCUGGUGGUUGUUUUCUCUAUAACUCAUGGGAAAGCGCCUCCUUGUCAAACUGCCCAGCUGCUCCUCGAACGACUGAUGGUGGCGUGAAAGUUUGGCUCUACUCGAAAAGGAAACUCUUUGACCAAAACCAAACGUGUGAGCACGUGUAUCGCCCCUCGCUCCUCGUCCAUCAUGUCAACGACAGUCGACCCCGAUUUGCGAAUUCUCGAGCCGCAAGGACUGCCGCUGGCCAUCAUCAUCGUAUCCUCCAUAUUCCUCGUCAUCUCGAUCCUAUGCGUCGGACUACGCACUCGCGUGCGCCUCGUCGAGGGCACCUUUGGUCUGGACGACGGCCUCAUGCUGGCGGGAACGGUCGUGUACGUGCCGUGUGUCGGGCUCGCCAUCUACGGGUGCCUCGUCGGGCUGGGGACGCUGCAGGAGAAGCUGAACCCGUGGAUGUUCUCUGAGGCCCUCAAGAUCUACAUCGUCUGGAUCCUCAUCUACGUCGUCGCCCUCGCCCUCGUCAAGUCGUCCGUCUGCCUCACCAUCCAGCGAAUCAUCACGACGGAUAAAGGCCUGCGCAUCACGGUCUGGGUGCUGCUCGGGGUCACGUGGGCAUCUUUCCUGAUCACCUUUGUCGGAACGCUGCUCUACUGCCAGCCGGUUAAUGCCCUGUGGACGCCUACGAUGUUGAUCAGUGGGGAGGGGAAGUGCGGAUCCGUCGAUGUCUUUGUCGCCAUCGGCCACGUUGCGACGAGCUCGACCAUCGUUACGGACCUGGCCCUCGUCGUGGUGCCGGCCAUCAUCCUCUGGGGCACGCAGAUGAAGACGCAGACUAAGCUGCAGGUCUUUGGUCUGCUGUCUUUUGCCUCCGUAGCAUCCAUCAUCACCAUGGUCCGUAUUCCCUACGUCAACAGAUUCAAGGCGCAACAAGAUCUUCAAUUCUGGGUCGCCCACACGGUACUCUGCUCCAACAUCGAGACGGGCAUCGGCUGCAUCGCCUCCUCGGUGCCCUCGCUCCGGCGCUUCAUCGCGCGGACCCGGGGCACGACGGAGAACACGAAUCCCAGCGGAAGCGGGACCAAGACAGGCCUCUUCACGAUCGGCAGCAAGCCCCUCGAGCCGCGGAGCCGCGACCGCUUCCGCAACCCGACCGACGUGGGCUUCAGCUUGGCGACGGUCCACGGCCGCGGCGACGAGACGUGGGAGCGCCUCCAAGACGGCGAUUCGGACAAGGGGGACUUGCUACCGAGCGACCAGAAGGGCGGCAUCCACGCGCAGUACACGUACCAGGUCGACAUUGAAAUGUCACCGCCCAACACGAGGCAUACUACGGCGACGACAACGACGGGGCGGCGACCUGGGACUAUGGACUCGGCUUGCUGAGAGAUGGCAAUCUCCCCAACCCCCCCCCUUUGGUGUUGGUUGUCCAAUCUUCAGCGGAGUUCUUUUUCUUUCCGUUCUUCUUCUUCUUCACACUAAUGUACAAAAUCAUGUAUAAUAUCCACGACUGAUGCAACAUGGCCCUGGCCGGACUAGAUGACCCAGGUUGCGCGGUUUCCUAGGGGAAAUUGGGGGGUUUGAAACCAAGAACCAAGGCAGUGGCCAAAAGCGGCGGAAAAGGCCUCACAGCAGCCAAUGAUGAACCAAGACGGACAUGGUUACGUAUUACGGGAUAGUCUGACGGGAAAAAGGACCGCGGGUCUGUCUCUGUUGCCCAGAUGAACUCCACACGGGUGGGGUGAGGGGAGGCGAGGGAAGAGGAACAAGCACACCAGAUAGGACAAAGGGCGAUAUCCACAACUCUCGCGCAUCUCGAACCCUCAUGACCCUGUCCUUGCAGGUUGGUGGUUCUCUCUCUCUUCGCCAUCUUCCCCCCCACUGAACUGGACGCACUGGCCUCUUCAACAACAUUGCAUCGCAAGUAUUGGACUCUUGGAAGGGCUUCUGGCCCCCAAAUGUCUAAACGGGAAUGUGGGCGGCGGAUGCCUCCCCCCCUCCCCUCUCAUGGGCCGCGGCUCGUAUCCAUAAGGGGGACAAUUUCAGCAAGGAGCUGCGCACAAAGUGGGAUUUCGCUCACUUAGUCAGUGCGAGGAGGCGUAGAUCCGAUCCGAUAGCCGAGCCAAGUACGCAAGUACGGAGU